AUGUACUGUAGUUCCACAUUUAAUGGUGAUGAAGAAGCAGUUAUGUCUUUUCUAGAGAGAAUUGAAGGGGUUACGACCUAUUAUCAAUUAACACAAGAAGAAUUAAUUAAAGGCAUACCAAUGUUUUUAAAAGACAAAGCUAGUGAGUGGUACAGGAACAACAUAAGAACAUGGAGAACCUGGGAGGAAUUAGCUUAUGACUUAAAGCGAUAUUUCGCUCCAGGUGAUAUUCACAUGCAGUUGGAAGAUCGUAUACGUAAUCGCGUUCAAGCAAGUAAUGAAUCAGCAAAAGUAUACGUGACACAAUUACAAAUACUGAUGAGAAGACAUGGUGGUAUGAAUUACACAGCUCAACUAGACCGUUUGUGGAGAAAUCUACGUCCAGAAUAUAAAAGAUAUAUCAGAAGGAACGAUAUCUAUGACAUAAAUGACCUGAUACGUCUUACUGAUGAAUUCGAACGCAUACUGGCGGAAGAGAAAAACAGUAUAGUAACCAUUGAAGUCGAACCUGAAAAAAAGAAACUAAUACAGAAAAAUGAAGUAGCAGCAUUAGUAAAUACACCAUUUGCUAAAUAUGAAUGUUGCUGGCGUUGUGGAUAA